AAACGUUGUACUAAGGCUGACGUCUACUUCCACAGCAUGAUGGCCGCGUCGAUUGCAGUCACACACCGGGCCUCUUUUAGGUUUUCGUUCAAAACACCGGUCAGGACGUUAAUUCAAAAGAGAUCAAAGCUUUUGGGCAGCAAUGUUGUUUUCUUCCUUUCGUUAGCCUGCUUGUUGCAUUGUGCUUUGGCCGACGGUAAGACUCUGGUCCUACUGGAUAACCUCAACAUCAGAGACACCCAUUCAAUCUUCUUCCGUAGUCUGGCAGAUCGUGGCUUUGACCUUACAUUCAAGACAGCUGAUGACCCCUCACUGUCACUCAUCAAAUAUGGCCAGUUCCCGUACAACCAUCUGAUCAUCUUCUCACCAUCAGUUGAGGACUUUGGAGGCAAUAUAAACGUGGAGACAAUUACAUCCUUCAUUGAUGGUGGAGGAAAUGUCCUGGUUGCUGCCAGUUCUGAAAUUGGUGACCCUCUGAGGGAGCUGGGCAGUGAGUGCGGCAUUGAGUUUGAUGAGGAAAAGACUGCCGUCAUCGACCAUCACAACUAUGAUGUGUCUGAUCCUGGAGAACACACCCUGAUUGUUGCUGACCCAGAGAACAUGCUGAAAGCUCCCACCAUUGUCGGCAAACCCACCAAUAAACCAGUUUUGUUUAAAGGCGUUGCCAUGGUGGCUGACCCUGACAACCCUCUGGUCCUGGACAUCCUUACUGGCUCAUCAACGGCCUACUCCUUUUUUCCUGACAGACCCAUUUCUCAGUACCCCCAUGCUGUAGGCAAAAAUACUCUGCUGAUUGCCGGCAUUCAGGCCAGGAACAAUGCCAGAGUGGUUUUCAGCGGCUCCCUGGACUUCUUUAGUGAUGCCUUCUUCAACUCUGCAGUGCAGAAAGCAGCACCUGGAUCUGAAAGACACGAGCAGACCGGCAACAUGGAGCUGGCUGAGGCUCUCUCCCGCUGGGUGUUCAAAGAGGCUGGUGUCCUCAGGGUGGGUGCUGUUACCCAUCAUCCCGUGGGUGAGACCAUCCCUCCUGCAGCUUACACCAUCACCGAUCUUGUGGAGUACAGCAUUGUCAUUGAGAUGCUUUCUGAGGGCCGCUGGGUUCCUUUCGAUGGUGACGACAUUCAGCUGGAGUUUGUGCGGAUUGACCCCUUCGUCAGGACUUAUCUCAAGAGAAACGGUGGGAAAUACAGUGUCCAGUUUAAGCUGCCAGAUGUGUACGGAGUCUUCCAGUUCAAGGUGGACUACAAUAGACUGGGUUACACACACCUCUACUCCUCCACUCAGGUGUCAGUGCGCCCUCUGCAGCACACCCAGUAUGAACGCUUCAUCCCUUCGGCGUUCCCGUACUAUGCCAGCGUCUUCUCCAUGAUGUCGGGACUCUUUGUCUUCAGCAUUGUCUUCUUGCACAUGAAAGAGAAGGAGAAGUCUGACUAGAUCUGUGGGAGAACAGAAAAACAAAUAUGAUGGAACUUUUGAAAGCAACUUGAAAUUGAAUGGGGGGGGGCAGUGCAGUUUCCUUUGGGGGCUUGGUAUCAUGGCACUCAAGUGAGUCUUGACACAAAAAUAGUGUGCUGAUGUUUUCCUUUUCACUUUAUUUGAAAACAAUCAGGUCAUUGUUUUGUACUUGGUUGGUAAGCCAUUUUAUAAAAUUAUGUGACACAAAAUAUCAUCCACCCGUAUCAGUUGACCCGUAUUUCACCAUUAUGGUGGUAGCCAUGCACUGAAUAAAAUUGACAUCUGCUAAUUAGCCUGUAAUCUUUUUUUUUAAUUAUCUUAAUAAAAGAUUGACAUACCAACUGUCAAGUGA